UGGGAGUUCAUAGGUACCUACCUAACCUAUAGCUCAUAAAAAACUAUUUAUAGUUACCGUGAUUAAAACGUCGUUGGACCCCCUCGGCCCUCGCUCGGCUCUACCCGGAUUCCUUUCAGAGCUCCCGCGUCAGCUCCAUGACCAUGGGGCUUGAGAGUUGAGGCCUCACCGUCUGUACCGACUUUCGAGGUUCCAGACCACCUCGGAAGGGCACAUAUUGGUCUCUAAGCUAAGGGACCCACAUCGGUCUAUACAGCCCCUCGCCAGCCUUUGAACGCCGUCAUCGAAUACCGUCAUCGAAUGGCCCCGCUGGCUGCUGAGGCAGUGGCGGCGGAACAUCUUCAAUUAAGGGGGAGGGCCAGGGGCACUGCCGACUUUUGGUCCCAUUCUUUCCUUGCACCGCCCAUAGGGCUAAUGUUAAAAUGCCAAAAUCAAAGGGGGGCACGGUGUCCCGGUGCCCUCUCGUUCCGCCGCCUAUGCGCUGAGGGUCCCAAGCAGUUCACGGAGGAUAGGGGUUCCAUGUCGACCUUUCAGGCCAUGCCCCCUUCAUUAUCCUUGCAGAUUCCUGAGGGCCAAUGACAAUCUUCUAGAGGAUUAUGCAAUGCAGAUCUCUGAGGGCCCAUACUGUCAUUCGAGAGUGCUUCACCGACCCUUCCGAGGCCCCCCACCGGCCUCUGACUUCCCUCGCCGAUCUCAAAGUUUGCAAGUUAGAAGUUUACAACUUUACAUGUUGAUAAAAGCUUACCGCUUAGGCCGGAAUAAAUGAGGAGAGCCUCCAUCGUGGAUUUAUAUUUCAAAGCCCCAAGCCAUGAGGGCAUGGAGUCCUAUGACAUCUGAGGUCCCCACACUGGCCCUCUUUUAGGAAACUGCACCGACUUGUGAGCCCGAGCCAAAGCCAGUCUCUUGAAGAGUCAUGCAGGCCGCUAAGGCAAGAUUUAUAGGUACUUUACUACUCUACUCAGCUAUAGGUAAUGGAUAGGGACGUAUGUACAAGGGUCGUCUCAUGUCGGCUCUAUGUGUCGGCACGAGCCGGUGCCGGCCUGUGGAGGGCGCCCUGACCGGCCGGUGGAGGGCGCCCUCGACGCCCAGGUGUCCACCCUCCGGCGUAGCCCACGCCGGCUCCUCUGCGGUGCACCGCCCGACCCCAGGUGGGCCCCAGUCGACGGGCCACGGUGAGGGAGGGAGGUGCGUGACUCCGGCUCUUUCCAUGGUGAGCUCGUUGAGAGGAUAGUGAGCACAGCCAGACGAUCGGGACAGGAAGGCAGAGACACCGGAGAACAGUUGUCAUGGACUUCAAGCGUUGUCCGCAACUGUUCACCACUGCCUAAGUAGCCACUGGUGUCUGCUCGUGCCACUAGUGCUCGUGCCAUUGUCAAGGGUCUCCGGCUAGUCAUUUAGUCCUCCGCAAACCCUACGAUCGUCACAAUGAGGGACGAAGAAAUGGAAGUUGCAGUAAAGGUUGUGAUCGUGGGGAACGGCGCCGUGGGCAAGUCGAGCAUGAUCCAGCGCUACUGCCGCGGCACCUUCACCAAGGAGUACAAGAAAACCAUCGGCGUCGACUUCCUGGAAAGAAUGAUCGAGGUUUACGACGACCCGGUGCGACUGAUGCUCUGGGACACCGCCGGCCAGGAGGAGUUUGACGCCAUCACUAAGGCUUACUACCGCGGCGCGCAGGCGUGCGUGCUCACUUUCUCAACAGUGGACCGCGCCUCCUUCCAGGCCGUUCGGCACUGGAAGAAAAAGGUGGAGGACGAGUGCGGCUCGAUUCCCAUGGUGCUCGUGCAGAACAAAAUCGACCUGAUCGACCGGGCCACCAUUGAUGCAGAGGAGGCGGAGGCGCUGGCGCGCGAGCUGAAGGUGCGCCUGUACCGCACCUCCGUCAAAGAGGACCUCAACGUUAGCCAGGUGUUCACGUACCUGGCCGAGCGCUACCUGGCAGAGAUGAGGAGCUGGGAGGAGGAGGAAUUCGACCCGCCACGACCCGUCAUCACCACCAGCAUAUUCGCUUCGCCCGGAUACAAGUUCCAUGGCAAGCCGGGCUAUUACGAUACUGGCAUUAUUUCUCUGCACCCGACCGGCAAAAGGCGUUUCCAAAAGAAGAAACACCUGUGGAAGAACCUCUGCGUUACGUAGUGCAGGGCCGACGCCUGAGAGCGGGUGUUAGUGGUUUAGAGACCGCCAUGGACGAAAUAUUGGACGGUGCCUUGAAUAGGCUUCCAUGGAUACCUACUGCUAUAAAUAUUAGCGUGGAUUUGGUGUGUGAAUAGCGUCGCAAGUACGUUUCCGAACACAUUGUGAGUGUGAGAUUGUUAGUGCGCCGUACAGAAACUACCGUGCAAGCGACUCUACCGUGACAUGAGCAUCCACGUCCCGUGACUCGUGAGUGCGCCGCCCGACCAGCAACAGACCUCGCGCUGUUGCGAAUCGCCCGACCGAGACAGCACGGCCCGGGCCUGCCGGCAGCCGCCCGACCGCCAAGGUCAUCGCUGGCCGCACGGACCCAGCGCGAAACCGGUCGGCGGGGCAGCGGCCGCCCCCCUGCCGACGGUUUGGCCGAGGAGCAGAGCCAACGCCGCUACAAACAAGUUAUGUCCGUCUAAUAUCAUAAGCACGGCUUCUGAAGACGAGAGUGUUAUCUGAUUGCUUAGUGUUAUCUGAUUGAUGCAUGAGUGAUUGCGAUUUAUGUGAAUUUUGGAAUGGCGAUGUGCUGGUGGCCUCAGAACUGAUGGAACAGCGCCACCUGCUGGUUGAACAGUGACUAUGGGUUCCCAUAACUCGCCACAGGUGGCAGCAGAAGUGACGGCGGGCUCCUGCUCUGCUCGGCAUCAGGUGCCGAAGUGAAUGAGUGUGACGGGGGCUGUGUUGUUUGUCCAAACAGACGGCAGCUCCCAUAUUUGUGAUAAAUAAUGCAUGUUUUUGCUACGUGCCUAUGUGCCAUGUAACCACGCGUGGGUCGUCCCACUGCCUAUAGGUAUGCUCAACAUUGUACCCGAGGUCUAACGAGAUAUCCUCGUCGUAAAUAAAAGCCAGUAACACAA